AUGAAGAUGAACACCACAACUGACACCCAUGAUCAUCCCAAUCCAUUCUCUAACAGCUCCACCUCUGAUUACGACUGUUAUGUUGCGAUCGAUGGUCGUCGAGUACCGGUGUACGCGGCGUCGAGCUGUGGAGGGCAUCUGCAUGGCUACGUCGAGUCGAUCGCAGGCAGCGCCUUCACCGUCCACGUCCUCGCUAAGGGGCGGCAGCUCAACCGGGAUGAGCGGGCCAUUGCAUUGGAUGUGGAUGGAACUAGGUAAUCGAGGAUCGUUCCAAGUCCCUAUUUUCAGCUGGCUGAGCAUCUUCCGCUCGGAUCUGCUUGCAGGAUGGCGUUCCAGAAGGCGCCGCGGGACUGUCGAACUUCAGCCAACGCUCCUGACCGGGUCGUCAGCUUCCUUGGGCAACGAUGCAGCGCCGUCAGUAUCUGUUUUCUGCCCAUCUUGUUUCCGUUCCGGAAUCCAGACUAAAUCAACGAUCUAUCUGAAUAUCAGACCACUAUUAAACCCUUCUACUUUGCCGACUUAUCGCUCACCGACGACGAUAGGAGAGCCACUCACGUCGACGAGCACACUCUUCGUAGCCUCGGCACGAUCGCGCUCAAAUUCUAUCGCGUACGCAUCGAAGGAGUCAACAACAACCCUAGAUUCGCAACGGCCGAUACCGCUGUUGUGCAUGAGAAAGCCAAACAUAGAGCGCAUCACCAGGUCAAGUGAGUCCGAUCGCCCCACGGAGUCGGCGAAUGGCUGCGGCUUCUAAUGCGGUGAACCUCCCUGUCUCGAACGCUACAGACUUGGUGAGGCGCGGUCUGCAACACAAAAAGAGCAUCUUCGAUACGCCUGGAUCGACAAACGCAACUCGCCCUACCUUAGCAUUUCCUUCUCUUACCUUCCUCGGGAAAUGCUCGAGGCCCGCGAUCUCAUGCCCCGUAUGUCCUUCCCGAUCUCUCUCCAAUAUCUGCUGCUCGGAGACUGACCGUCAACAACUCGCAAUUCUGCUCGCAGGAUCCAUCCCUUCCGACACUCCAGGACGUUCCCGAGCGCUUCCCCCUUCGAUCACUCCCGAAACAUCUCGCCACUCCGCAUCGUUGCGCGACGUCUCCGCAAGCCCCUCACCACCCCAACCAAAGUCCCCCUCACCCCAAGUCAAACGUCCCUUGUCUUCGCCCGCCAGCCUUUGGCCAGCGAUCAAGAGUGA